AUGUCACAUCCUGUAAUGGUUAAUAAUUUUAAUGAAAAAAAACUAGCUGAACAGAUAGAAAGAAAUAUGGAUAUCUCAAAUAAAUUAUCACCUAUUGCUAAAUAUACUAAAUUAUUAAAUAGUAAUUUAAAAAAAAAACAACAACCAAUGAAAAGAAAAUUUUCUAUAAUGUAUUCCUCACUAGAAAGUAAUAGUAAAAAGAAUCUUUUAGUUGAAAAAAAUUAUGAAGAAAAAAAUUAUCAAAAAAAUUUUAUUGUUUCUAAUACAUUUCCACAGGUACAUAAUCAUAAUUUUAUGAUGUGCCAAUCUUCAACAACCAAUUUUAUUCCACCAUUCAAAAUACCACGAAACAUUACACCUUUAUAA